CAUUCCAGAUCUGUGGGCAGCGUUUGUGUCAGGCCAAUCAGAGUUUUCCCACUGCAGGCUCUUGACAGCACGAGCAAGAAUACGACCGCACAUUUUCUGUAAAGUGCUUUCAGGAUCUCAGGAUUUGUAGAUAACUCCAUCCCCCCUCAGAAGGCCAACUGGAAGCAUUUCAGAGAAUGUGUGUGUGUGUGGGGGGGGGGGGUGGUACUGCAGCCUGUUUUAUAUAUAAAACUGCUUGAAUUAAGCAAAUAGCUCAAGCAUAACAAAAAGAGCCAGAUCACAUUUCAAUAUCAUUUAUAUUGUACAUGUAAAUUUACAAAUGGACAUGCAGUCCCAUGGGCAAGUCCAAUCCCAGCAUCUACCUUUAAUUAAAAUACUCAUGUAUGGUGUUUAUGAUAUGGCCACUAUCCAUAUUCAGCUUGUUAGUGGUUAGCUUUGAAAAACAUGCCAUGACUCAUACUUGGCUCAUAAAGUCAUACAUGAUAUGAUAACAGGCGUUAAUAAAAAUUAUUCUUUUUCAUUUCUUUUCAAUUACCAUGCAUUUAAGGCUGUAAUUAGUAUUAACCACGACUGAACACUAAGUCACACAGUAUUGCCGCUUAAGGCAGAGGCUGCAGCAGGUACGAUAUUCACCAUGCUUAUUAUUGUCGUUCUUAUUACAUUGCACAGUGGUUCUCUAUACGGCGCAGGAAAAAAAAACCGCUCGUUUUUUUUAAAAAACACGUUCCUGGCAAGUUUUCUUUUUUUUUCUGUGCACAAAUAUGGAUCAACCAGCGCAUUUCAAAAGUACAGUAGAAUUUCAGCACACGUGACUGAAAGUGUGCCGAUUUAUAUGCAGAUACGAGGGCAUCCCCUCCCUCUGCACAUCGAGAUAAUGUCUCUCUCUCCCGCCGUCUCUGGGUACAAGCGCGCAAAACCGGACCUUCGUUUUCGCUAAAAAUUAAAAUCGAACCCUCUGUUCGUUUAUUCAGCGUUUUAAUAGACGCCGAUGAUAGAUUCUCAAAUACGCAUCUGAUGGGAUGGCUCUGAACUAGCUGGGUGACAGGUUCGCCUGGGGAUGGGAGCAGUGCCCCGCAGCGACUGCGGUACAGUGUUAUUAGGAGAGGAAAGGAGCGCGAGGCUGGGAGUGCCAGGAGAACUUGCGCGCGCUGAGGUGCUCUUCAGCCAGGCUCGCCCUCGCCUUCCAGGGCUGGUCCGACGGAUUGCUGCACAUCCUUCCCUCUAUCCGUCACAGGCUGCGCUCCUCGGCGAGGAAUGACGAGGACCGUCAUCGGAAACGCUGCGAGCAGAUACGCAUAGGCUUCGGUGCCUACUGUACAUGGGCUUCGCCUUCUUCUGGGAUUAAAGAAAACGGGCGCCGAAGAUGCAUUUGGUUUACAACACACACUGAAAGAAAGAGCACGUCUUCCCCUGGAUCUGCCUUCUAAUCAACGAGAAAUACACUCUGUCCUCUACGUUUGGACUUACAAAAGUUCAAGGUUAAUGUCACGAUUUGAUGAGAGCCUUAUCGGAGACGCUGGGCUGUUGUAGCGUUUAAAUUCUUUGAACACCCCUGAUUCUCAACUUGCAUUUUUUUUUUAAAUCUUUGAACGUCCUACCCAAUACGGAAUAUAUCUUUGUCCCGCUAUGGCACUUUCUGUGGUGAUUUCUUAAACGCAUCUUUUUUAUCGUUGUUCUUAACUAGGAGGAGGGUGACUGGCGAAGCAUCGCCCGGUUGCACUGAAGCUACUGGACAAGGACAAGGCAACCCGUCCGAGAGACAGUUUGCAGUUCUCACGCAGCCUGCCGUGUGCAAUGAUUAACUGAAGCCGACAGCGAGACACGGCUCGGGCGUACAUUGCUUUGCUCCUCGUCUUUUCGGGAAGCGAGUUGUUGUUAGAGAGGCAAGCCUCCGCGGGCAGGUACAGUACGCGCAUUUGAAUCCCGCCGUGAAUCUCAGCAUUGUAUGCCUCUACAAACCAACUCCGAUGCCAGUCCUUCUCUCGCGCCGCGUUACAGCACCCUGCGCUGCUCCCGGCUGCAGCUCUGAGUGGGUACAGCAGAACCUCUCGCAGUAAGAGACGCGUCUACACUGGGCGCUGUAAAGCAGCCCUCGCUCGACCUGGGGACAGUCCCUGCAGCACGGAGGAUCUUCGGGAGUGGGGUGCGGAAGGAAGCUAGCAAUGGAGAGACUGCUCAUCUGCUUGGUCAUGCUCAGCGCCCCAGCCUCUGCCAUGCUCUGCCCAAAGAGAUGCAUGUGUCAGAACCUCAUGCCUUCCUACACUGUGCUCUGUGCCAAGACUGGGCUCCUCUUCGUGCCGCCCACCAUCGACAAGAGGACAGCGGAGCUGCGGCUCAUGGACAAUUUCAUCACCACUCUGAGGAGAAAGGACUUUGCCAACAUGACCAGCCUCAUCCACCUGACCCUUUCCAGGAACACCAUUAGCCAAAUAAUUCCCUACACCUUCUCUGACCUCCAGGAACUACACGCGUUGCACCUGGACAGCAACCGCUUGACCACCCUCAAUGACAGCCACUUCCAAGGACUCAUCAACCUGCGCCACCUGAUCCUCAGCAACAACCAGUUACAGUCCAUUGCCGAGGGCUCUUUUGAGGAUUUCCUGGAGACCCUGGAAGACUUGGAUCUGUCCUACAACAACCUGGUGGACAUUCCCUGGGAUACCAUCAGCAGGCUGGUCAGUGUCAACACCCUCAGCCUGGAUCACAACCUCAUUGAGUUCGUCCCCGAGGGGAUCUUCUCCAACCUCCACAAGCUGGCCCGCUUGGACAUGACCUCCAACAAGCUCAAGAAGAUUCCUCCCGAUCCCCUCUUCCUCAGGAUUCCCGUUUACGCCAAAACAAAGGGAUCCCCCCUGUCUGCUCUGGUGCUCAGCUUCGGGGGGAAUCCUUUGCACUGCAACUGUGAGCUGGUGUGGCUCCGGAGGCUGACCAGGGAAGACGACCUGGAGACUUGCGCCUCGCCGCAGGAGCUGAUGGGGAAAUACUUCUGGACCAUCAAGGAGGAGGAGUUCAUCUGCGAACCACCUAUGAUAACCAGGCACACCUCCAAGAUGUUUGUCAUGGAAGGCCAGGAGGUGAGUCUGAGGUGCAAAUCCAUUGGGGACCCAGAGCCGACCAUUCACUGGGUCAGUCCCGAAGGCAAGCUGAUUGCCAACACCACCAGGACCACCUGCUACGAGAACGGGACCCUGGACAUCCUCACCACCACCAUCAAGGACUCCGGCAUCUUCACCUGCAUUGCCUCCAACGCGGCCGGAGAGUCCACUGCCCCCGUGGAGCUCAUCGUCAACCCUUUUCCCUAUUUCAACCCCAAAAUCGAACCUGAGCCGGGACCCUCAGACUUCCCCACAUCCAUUAAAUCCAAUGUGACCAACUCCAGGCAGGACCAGAGGGUCAUGGUGACCGAGGUGACGUCUUCGUCAGCCACCAUCAAGUGGAACCCCCAGAACCACAUUCCAGGGAUACGGAUGUAUCAGAUUCAGUACAAUAGCUCCUUAGACCGAAUCCUCAUCUACAGAAUGAUCCCUGCCUCCGGCAAUCUGUUCCUGCUCAGUGACCUGGCCUCCUCGCGGGACUACGAUCUGUGCGUGCUGGCCGUGUACGACGACGGGAUCACCUCCCUGACCGCCACCAAGCUGGUUGGCUGUGUGGCCUUCACCACUGAGAAGGAGUACAGGCAGUGCCGCUCCAUCCAUGACCAGUUCCUGGGCGGCACCAUGAUCAUCAUCAUUGGGGGCAUCAUCGUGGCCUCUGUGCUGGUCUUUAUCUUCAUCCUGCUCAUGAAGUACAAGGUGUACAACAACCACUACAAGCAGAAGCAGGCCAAGGUCAGCAACGUCUGCUCCCAGACCAACGGCAGCCAUGGGGGAGGGUCCUCCUCUUCCUCGGGUAAACUGGCGGAGAAAUAUGACGUUCAGACUCAGGAGAGCUACGGCGGCACCCUCAAAGGCACCACGGUGGUGGACUUGAACCCCAAUUACGGGAAAGCAGUUACCGAGGACGACGACGUAUCGCAAUAACACAAGGAGAUCCGUUGGUGCUCAGUUUCCUGCUGCCUUACGAAGGAUUAUCGGGUGUCCAAGGUGAGGUCUGUGCUGACGCAAGACUUUUGAAAGACCGAGAGCCGAGCUCACAUGCUGACCUGUAAAUGAAACAGAUCAGAGCGGGAAUCGGUUUUGCAUCCUCCACAAGGGACAGCUCCCACAGAAGAAACAAGCAACAGCCCUAUUUCCAUGCUCCAUCAGUCUUGUAACAUGAGACGAAGGGAAUGGUCCCAGGACACAAUCUCUGUGUGAUUUAGUUAUUCAAAUCUGCCAAGUGAUUGAAAUAGUAACAAAAUAUUAGUUGAUUUUCCAUCAGAUCAAAAUAAUUCAGAUUCUGCUAGGUUGCUCUCCUGGGAGAGAUGAUUCGCCCUGCACUGACAAUGCACAGCUGCAGUGAUUCAUCCCAGAGGUGUCUCUUAAGUCUUUUAACAUUGAUUUGCCUGAAAAAUUGUAGCAUCCUGCUUUGGGCUCUUCAAGCACUAUAAAAUGGUGGAUUAUAUAAAUGACGAUAAAUGAAGGCAUAAUCAGAUCCUCAUGCAACUCAGCCAAGUUGACUGAGCUCACAGAAGUGAAGAUGAAGCGGUGAGAGUCCUGGAAAGGAUAAAGAAGAUUGCAGGAUGAGAAUAAAACGUUUCUUCCGGACCUCUGGGUUAGAGACAGAGGCUGUCUUACCCCACACACCCCUGCCUUCUGGUCUCAUGAAACUCCUCCACCCCUACAGGUGCGGCAACCCAACACAUCACCAAUGUUCCGGUGACUGCCGAUCUUUUCCACUGCAUUCUAAACACAAGCAGAAAAAAAUAAAGAAAAUCAUCCCACCUUCAGGAAUACACCUCCUUCUCAUCUCUCUGUCCGCGCUGAGGAAGACGUAGAUGGAAUAGGAUAUAGUUUUGAUGCUGGUCUGCGCUGGCCUGGCUGGAGUCCUUCUGUUGUCAAGCCAUUAUGCAAAGGCUACAAACUGAAUGCCAAGCCAGGAACAGCUAAGAGCUGUGGAUCAGGAUAACUAACUUGGCCAAGAAAAGGAUCUAAAAUCUACUUGUGAAUCACAUUCAAGUGCACAUGCACUGAAGAGGCUCUGGAAGAGCAUUUUACAGUGUAGCACAAAGUGAAUUUAGGGCACUUUAUAUGGUUUGAUUGUUUUUUUGUCAAGGUCGCUAUCACACAAACAGAAGAAAGGAAUAAUAAAGGUUUCUGUGGGGCAAAUGGUUUUGAGCAGCUCCACCCCAGACUUAUAAAUGUGGAACAUGUAUGAAGUUUCAUCUGAAGUGCGGCUGUCGAAAAAAAAAAGUCUCACAGCUUUGUUUACCAACCAACCAACAAAGACUUUUUUUGUGAAAAUGAACAAUUGGACCCAAGCACUUUGUGAAACAAGCAGAAAUGUACAUACAGGGGCACCGGACUGGGGCAUUAAACUGUGUUGCUUGUUCUGACUUUGAACUGUCAGUCUGACCCUUUUAUAAGAAGCCACAGAUGCAAAUGUAACAAAAAACACAAUUUUCUACAUACUGACAGGCACCCAGAUACAAUAUGGACAGAAGACAGUGACAUUUUUUAAGACAUUGACUGUGUAAGUAUGUGGAUGUGAAUUACACCUUUGACCAUUUCUGAUUUGGUACAGUAUCUGUAUUUUUUCUUUCAAUUAUAAAACAAUAACAAUCACAGAUUGAAUUUUAUGCUUUCAUAGGUAUAAGAUGUGGAUUUAUAUAGAAUAAAAUAUUUUUCUAUAGCCGAGUUGUUACAAGCCUGCUUUGCUUUGAUGUCGUGAUCAGGAAAAGAAGGUGACCGACGCGCGGGUGCAUUUUAGGCCUUCACGCUUGCGCUGUCUGCAAACUAAGCAGCCACGCAUUUGAGAUCAGGACUUGCUGGAGUUGCUUUAUCUCUUUACAGUGUAGGGUAAAAAUCCACUGGAGACCUUUUUGCUGAGCAGAAAAGGAGUUUAUUGUAUAUUUGGCCAAAGGGAAGCACCCUCCUUGUUAUUAGAAGGCCAUGACUGGUAAAGCCCAGGGGGGGAU